CCACGUGCCCAGUAAUGACACUUCCCCCACGGCUCACUCCAAGACGAUGAAAUUCCUAAUUAGGGUUUCCAUAUUGUUUUGUUGCAGGCACAAUCUAUAACAGCGACGCCAAAUUAACCUCCGUUACUGUAACAAUGUGCUGACUCGAAAUCCUUUUCACCGGCUUCUAGUUUGGAAGAAGCAAACAGCUUGAAAACUUAUCGAUCUUUUCAAAAGAAAUUCCUUCAAAAAGAUUCUACUGAGAUAGAGACAAACAGAUGGAUGUAUAUCAGGAGCGUGACAAUAUGGUUACUUUAGGAACGACGAUUAAAGAAGCUCAAAAGAGAUGUGAAGGUGUUAUGGAUACAAUAGAAACUUUACCGCACUUGAGUCUAUCCUGCAAGCGUACACUCAACAGAUUGGUCCAAUCAGAGCUCGCUUUUCUGUCUCGCCUUUCAUCAUCAACUGAUUUCGCAACAAAAUCUGAAGCGUCCGUUUGUGUCAACGUCGGCCAUAUUGAGGCCGUGGUCCACAUCCUUCAGCAACCAAACAUAUCAGGAGUGUCCCGUGUCUGCAAGAUGAUCGGGGUUCACAAUACUACCUCAAAAGGCGCACACGUUGAUAUAGUUUGUACUUUCGAAGGGAACCCGGUUUGGUUUAUUGUAUCCGAUAGGAACCCGAAGUACAUAUCUUGGAACGCGCAACAAGAAUCUCCUAAAAAUAAAGGUUUACGGGAUAGAGUACAAUUUCUUCUUGAAGUUGCUCACAACUCUAUAGCGUUAAAACCCGUUUCCAUUAUAUUUUUCUUCUCAAACGGGCUUGAUAGGUUCACACUAGAGAAGUUCCAUACCGAAUUUGGAGCAAUCGACCUUAAGUCAAAGUUUUCGAAUUUUGACGUUAGUUUCUCGAAAGAGUUAGAAGGUGAAUGGAUAGAUGUUCUUGCUAGAUCGUAUCAACAAGCAUCCGUACUCGAAAUUAACGUUAGUUCUCGUCAAAACGUUUCGAAAAAUCUCCUCCCAGUUAUAAAACCUAGUAACACUGGUUUCGGCGGAUCUUUCGGUGAUCUUAUUUCGCAAAUGAUUUUAUCCAACGAUGGAAAAACAGACGGUGACAUGAUCAACUUUGAUACAACCGCUUUGAUUGCCAUUGUGUCGGGAAUUAGCAAUGGUGGUACACAAAAGCUUUUGGAUACACCUGAUGAUGAACUGCAAACGCGAUUUAAAGGGAACACCAAAUUUGUAAUCAACCAAGUGCUGUCUGAAAUUGAGAAACCGAUACAUACGGAUAUUAGUAAGAUUAUAAAGGGGAGAAAGUGUGUUAUGUGUGAAAGUGUUUGUUCUGAGUUUAAGGAGUUGGUUAAAAUGUGUGGAGGGGUUAAUGAGAAACUAAAGGCGGAACAGUUGCUGACGGUGGUGGUGGUUGUUCCGGAUUGUCCUUCGGGGCGCAUGAUGAGCCUUCCGACUACUAGAAAACUGGGUUUGAAAAACAAGAUUGUGUUUGGGACUGGGGAUUAUUGGCACGCGCCAACGUUAACUGCUAACAUGGGCUUUGUGAGGGCUGUUUUACAGACGGGUAUGUCCUUGUUUACUUUCGAGCAUAGACCGCGGGCUCUGACUGGCGAUUAAGCUAGUUCUUCAUUUAAAAUUGUAUUGUUAAUCAUGAAAAUUCAACAGAUGGGUGGUAAAGAACUACAGUUAAUUCAUUUCUUGAAGUUUUCAAGUUGGUUAAUAUUGUAAUAUGUAAUAAUGAUUUUAGUAAUUUAUUAUCAUCUUUUAUAAUCACGAAAUUAGUUUUUUUUUA